AUCCGUCAACAUAAAACCCUCAUCCGCCCCGGACUUUCAAACGCUUGAAUUUGGUCAUCCUUCACAUUCCCGUCUAUUUGUGUGAUACGUUCAGUAUCAAUUCACUUUCAUUCUUCCGGAUCUCGCUUGGAAUUCUAAUCUUUUCCCCCCCUAACCUCACAAAACAAUCUUCACAAUGGCGACUUCAGCUCCCACCACCUCGAGGACCGAGACCCUCGCAAAGUACCUCAAGCUCGACCAGAAGGGCCAGAUCAUGGCCGAGUACGUCUGGGUUGAUGCCGAUGGCGAGACUCGAUCAAAGUCCCGAACUCUCCCUGAGAAGGAGUACAAGCCCGAGGACCUCCCCGUCUGGAACUUCGAUGGUUCUUCUACCCGCCAAGCCCCCGGUGACAACUCCGAUGUCUACCUCCGACCUUGCGCCGUCUACCCCGAUCCCUUCCGUGGCUCUCCCAACAUCAUUGUUCUCGCCGAGUGCUGGAACGCCGAUGGCACUCCCAACAAGUACAACUACCGACAUGACUGCGUGAAGGUCAUGGACACCUACGCCGAUGACGAGCCCUGGUUCGGUCUCGAGCAGGAGUACACUCUCCUCGGUCUCGACAACCGACCCUACGGCUGGCCCUCCGGUGGUUUCCCUGCUCCCCAGGGCGAGUACUACUGCGGUGUCGGUACUGGCAAGGUUGUCCAGCGUGAUAUCGUCGAGGCUCACUACAAGGCCUGCCUGUACGCCGGCAUCAAGAUUUCUGGCACCAACGCUGAGGUUAUGCCUGCCCAGUGGGAGUACCAGGUCGGCCCUUGCCUGGGCAUUGAGAUGGGUGAUAUGCUCUGGGUUUCGCGAUUCUUCCUCGCCCGUAUCUCUGAGGAGUUCGGCGCAAAGGUUUCUCUGCACCCCAAGCCCAUUGCGGGAGAUUGGAAUGGAGCUGGGCUACAUUCCAACUUCUCUACGAAGGCUAUGCGCGAGGAGGGUGGCAUGAAGGUCAUCGAGGAGGCUCUCAAGAAGCUGGAGCCCCACCACGCCGAGUGCAUCGCCGAGUAUGGCGAGGACAACGACCAGCGUCUCACUGGCCGUCACGAGACUGGCUCUAUCGACUCGUUCUCCUGGGGUGUCGCCAACCGUGGAACAAGUAUUCGCGUUCCUCGGGAAACUGCCGCCAAGGGCUACGGUUACUUCGAGGACCGACGACCUGCUUCCAACGCCGACCCUUACCGGGUCACCAAGGUUCUCCUUCAGUUCUCUAUGGCUUAAGCGUUUCUGUGAAAAGAUUUUUAUAACAUGGUUAACGGCGUGAGGUUUGGGACACUAUUCAAUAGAUAGCAUGACAACUGGUCCAGCGAGAUCCAGUAAUUACAAUGAUCACUUGUUCAAACAUAUAUUCUUUCACUGAGA